AGGAACGCCUAAUUUCUAAAGCAGAAGAAGUUCACUCGCUGGUUUGGUUUUGGGCAGCUGAGCGCGAGGCGGACGGAGUUGUGCGGAAGAAGUCGCUUAUUUUGCGGUUUUUGGAUCCCCAAAUACCCCACAGACGAGGCAAAUCCAUUUAAAUUCCACACUCGUGUGUGUGCGCUCGGACUUUUACAAACAGGUAGGCUCUAUCGUAGCCGAGAUAUAAAGUGUUUUGAGAAAGGCUGCUAGGCCUCGCAGGUUAAUCACCAUGAGUUACGGUAGGCCUCCGCCAGACGUCGACGGCAUGACUUCACUCAAAGUGGACAACUUAACGUACCGAACUUCGCCCGAAACCCUCAGACGCGUGUUCGAAAAGUAUGGCCGUGUAGGGGACGUUUAUAUUCCCCGAGACCGUUACACGAAAGAAAGUCGGGGUUUCGCUUUUGUGCGGUUCCACGACAAGCGUGACGCCGAGGACGCAAUGGACGCCAUGGAUGGCGCGCUCCUGGAUGGACGGGAGCUGCGAGUCCAAAUGGCCCGCUACGGAAGACCCCCCGAUUCUCACUACGGCGGUAGUGGUGGUGGUGGCGGCGGCGGAGGAGGCGGCGGAGGCGGUGGAGGAGGCCGGCGCGGAGGGCAGACCAGGAGGUACGGCGGCCAUGGACGCAGAAGCAGAAGCUCUUCCCCCAGCCCGAGACACAGAAGACGCAGCAGAUCCCGCAGCAGGAGCCGCUCUCGUUCCCGAAGCCGAUCCCGCUACAGCAGAUCCAGGUCCCGCUCCUACUCCCGAUCCAAGUCUCAUUCUCCCAGGAACAAGAAGGCCAAGUCCCCGUCUCGUUCCAGAUCUAGAUCCAGGUCCCGGUCCAAGUCUAAGUCUAAGUCCAAGUCUAAGUCUAAGUCCAAGUCCAGGUCCAGAAGCCCUUCCUACAAAAGAAGUUCCAGGUCGAGAUCUAAAAGCCAGCCCAAGUCAGCAGCAGAAAAUGGAGGCGAAACCCCGUAGAGCUCAGCUUCAGCUGCGGCAUCCUGUUUGCUAAAGUGGAGUUUGAGCUGAGGCAGUAUGAGCAGUUAGAAGGUGUGUGGGGAGCUGCCCACAGGCCGCCUGCUGCUGGUGAGGGUUUCUGUGCAGCAGGGUGGAGGCAGUCAGUGUUGGGGUUUGGUGUUGAGGUACGUCUGUCGGUGUCCGGCAUUGAACAUAAAACUGUCCUCCAGGCCUCGUCCCGGGCCGGGGGACGCUGGUGCUUGAGGGGCACUGAGGUUUGUCCAACUCUACUCCCAUGUCAGUUUGUUAGUUCCAUUCAUCUUUUCUUGUGCCACAUUUUCAAUACAGAAACAGAUUUCAGAUUAAAAACCAUAGGCUGUAGUUGGAGAAGAAGGCCGUAAUCAGACAGGCUUUUCGUGUCCUGCAACAUUCAGCUUUUAUAAAUCUCCAAUUAAAAAUGACUAAAUGAAUGCCGAUGUAUCGCCUGUCCACAGGAAUCCCCCGAAAACACGCCAACCGUAGAAAGCAAUUCACUAAUUUUGGUUCGCUCGUUGUGGUCCGACAAAGCUCAACUUAUUCAAAUUCACAGUCAACCGUUAUUCAUCUUUUUAAUCAACUAAACUCCUAUAGGUCACUGAUUAAUCCAGUUGCAGAGCUUGGUUAUUUUAUUUUUCUUCCAAAUCUUGUAGUGAAACUUGGGCCUGUGACCAGGGCUGCAACUAAAAUGAUUAUACUGUCCUUUUUGAUUUAAUCUGAUAAUUAUUUAUUUCCAUUUAAUUGUUUGGUCUCAGAAAAUGCUCAACAUGUCCAUCACAAGUUCCCCGAUGUCUUUUUUAAAUGUCUUCUUUCAUCCGACCAACAGCCCAAAACUCAAACAUAUUUAGUUUACAUUAUAAAAUGAAAAAGCAGCAAAUCCUCACAUUUGUGGAGCCAGUACCAGAGAAUGCAUUCCUGCUAAAAAUGACUGAAGUGAUUAAACGGUCAAAAUAUUCAACAAUCAAUUUUCAGUCGAUUUUUUUAUUAAUUGUUUCAGCACUGUGUGAGAUUAAAAAAAAAAAAAAAAAACCUUCAUCAAAACCACCAGGAGCAGGGCAUCCUGGUGGGGAAAAGAGGUUUAGGUGCUGACCAUGAACUGCAGUGUUACAGGUUUGACCCCUUGUUGCCAUUUCUCUACCUGUUGACUGCCUAAUAAAAGCAUACAAUGCACAAAUAAUAGAAGAGAACCAAAAAACCGGGAGCUGUACAUGUAAAACAUCUGCAGACAAAUUUGCAGGUGUGCAAAAAGGUCCUCUGUGAUUACGGCCAAAAUAUGAAAUUUGGAUAAAAGUCUAGGCUUUGAAGAUGUAGAUGAUUAUAAUAAUCCCUUUCAGUGGAACUAAAUGUUACCAUAAAAUAAGUCCAGGUUGAAUGUUUAAUGUAUACAGUCAGGUUUUUCACAGUCACAUUAGAUUUAAAGAACAAGAUCAGUCCGAUUUUUAAACGAUUGGUUCUUGGUGUUCUGUACUAACUAUUGCUGUUCUGACAGUUUUCAGGUGAAGACCGAAAGCUUCAAGUCCAAGACUGGCUCCCAACGCAAGCAACAGUGUCCUGCUUUAAAAGGUUAUUAUUGUGUCUUCCAUGUUUUGGUUUGUUUGAUUCAUUUUGGCCACGACAAAAAGGCUUUGUCACUUCAUUCAUGUGCAGUGAGUUUUAUUUUUUAUUUUCAUAAUGAUUUUAGGAAAUCUGGUUCAGUGUGGAGAGGAAUUACUGUUCUGACCUGGUUUUGUAAAAGUGACACAGGAUAAUACACAAGUUGCCCCUCUUCUUUAAGUUCUUCGCCCCAUGGGCCUGUUUAAAUAAGCGACCAUGUUGUCCAGCUUUCUUUGACUUUCAUCGCUUUGUUGAGCCUCACAUUGAUCCUGGAUUACCUUUGGCUUAAAUUUGGUUAUCAAAUGACUCAGUCCAGUAAUAAAUACUUUUACAUGAAAAGAGACAGACUUCAUAAUCACAGGCAAGUUUUAAGAUGUUUUUAUUUGAGUUAAAAAAGAAGAAAAGUGCUAGAAUAAUCCUUUGUAAUUACUACGGAAAGCAAAGACUAUACUAAUGUGUAAACAUUUCUAGGACUGCAACUGAAUAAUUUUUUUAUUUACCAUCAAAAUGUGGACCACUUUCUUGAUUUUAAUUCUUUAGUCAAAGUUUUGCGUACUCAAACAAUUGUCCAAAUUUUUCGUUUUCUUUAGAUCGAUUUAAAUAAUUUCAGCUUUUAACAACUGACUGAGUCCUUGUUAAUGUUUCAGUUUAUGGUAAAUGUAGUGCUCUCAUCCACGUCGAGAUCCUGUUGAAAUGUAGAAUUUUUUUUUUUUUUUUUUUUUUUGCGUUAGCCAUGGUGCUCUAUCGUGGUGAGUGAGCAGCUUCGUGAAAGCCUGAGUAAAGCCCAAAUUUUGCUGGCGAACACCCUUUUUUAAUCUCGCUUUGUGAUACAGGCCCGUGGUGUCAAAACACAGUCAGGAUAGUUGGACACAUCUGAAGAAGCCAUGUCUUGUUUAUACAUCCACAAUGACUUAAUCCACACCAACCUUUAACCUUUGCUUAUUUUAUUCAUAUCGGAGCAAAGAUUUCAUUAAACUAAAGUAAUCCCUCAAAACCGUAAUGAAGUGGCUUUCUUACGAUCUUUAAUUUCUGCAGCUCAGGGUGUCUUUGUUAGACAGGACAGCAGAUCAUUUUAAUUCCUGUGAUGUGUUAAAUGUAAUUGCAUAUACAUACAGUUUAAAAAAAAAAAAAAAGGUGACUGGUGAUGUGAAGUCUAUCAGUUUGAAGAUUGUUUCACAUCAGUCACAUUUUGAGGUGUAUAAGAUCAUCUCCUUAAAUCUUUAGUUGACUCUUACAGGACAUCAUUUACUGGACUCUGGACACAGUAUCUUUGUUUUUUCUUUCAAUUAUUAUUUUUUUUUUUUUUUAACCCUAAUCCUGCUUGUAUGUUUGUUUUGUGCACUAGGCGCAGUUGUGUAGCAGUUGAGUAUUGCUGGUUAGCUGUUAAGGUGGCGUGUUGCUCUGCUGAGUGCUUGGAUGUAUCCAGUAUUCUCCAGAAUGCUCCUGUGACUGCCAGUGGUACGGUUGCUACAGUCUCACCCUUUGUAAGAUGAAAUGUUUUUUCCCAUAUGGUUAUGGAUGACAAAUGUAACUUUCAUUAAAGAUUUGGUGUUUUGUCUAAAA